AUGCGCAGUUCAGUUAUUCACCUCAUGGCUACGGUCACUUCCUGCCUCAGCGCCAUCCUGUGCUUUUACACCUGUGCCUUCUCACCGCUGCUCGUCCUCCGUCUCCAGCGGCGAGGAAGGAAUGAACACUUUCCAUCACAACAAGGCUCUCUCAGUCAGCUGGCUUUUUAUGAGCGCGCUGACAAGCUAACUGAAGCCACAGGGACGAUGGCCGUGUGGAUCCAGGCCCAGCAGCUGCAGGGAGACGCCCUGCACCAGAUGCAGUCUCUGUACGGGCAGCACUUCCCCAUCGAGGUGCGCCACUACCUGUCCCAGUGGAUCGAGGGCCAGCUCUGGGAUGCGGUGGACCUGGAGAAUCCGCAGGAGGAGUUCAAGGCCAAGAGGCUUCUGGACGGACUGAUCCAAGAGCUGCAGAACAAGGCCGAGCACCAGGUGGGAGAGGACGGCUUCCUGCUCAAAAUCAAACUGGGACACUACGCCAACCAGCUCAAGAGCACGUAUGACCGGUGUCCGCUGGAGCUGGUCCGCUGCAUCAAGCACAUCCUGUACACGGAGCAGAGGCUGGUGCGAGAGGCCACCAACCUGGCCUCUCCUCUGGGCGCCAUGAUGGACAGCAUGUCACAGAAAUAUCAACAGAUCAACCAGGCCUUUGAGGAGCUGCGGAUGUUCACCCAGGACACGGAAAACGAGCUCCGAAAACUGCAACACAACCAAGAAUAUUUCAUAAUCCAGUACCAGGAAAGCCUCCGUAUCCAAGCCCAACUGUCCAGUCUGGCCACACUGCCCCCUGCUGACCGACAGCUGCGGGAGCCUGCGCUGCUCAGCAAACGAGCCACAGUGGAAACGUGGCUCACGAGAGAGGCCAACACACUACAGAAAUACAGACUGGACUUGGCGGAGAAGCACCAGAAGACGCUGCAGUUGUUGAGGAAGCAGCAGACCGUGAUCCUGGACGACGAGUUGAUCCAGUGGAAAAGGCGGCAGCAGCUGGCCGGCAACGGGGGUCCAUCAGAGGGGGGUCUGGACAUCCUACAGUCCUGGUGUGAGAAGUUGGCAGAGAUGAUUUGGCAGAACCGGCAGCAGAUCCGAAGAGCAGAGCACCUGAGGCAGCAGUUGCCCAUCCCUGGCCCCAUAGAAGAACUCCUGAACGAACUCAACAGCACCAUCACAGACAUCAUCUCUGCCCUCGUCACCAGCACGUUCAUCAUCGAGAAGCAGCCUCCGCAGGUGCUCAAGACGCAGACCAAGUUCGCGGCCACCGUGCGGCUCCUGGUGGGGGGCAAGCUGAACGUGCACAUGAACCCCCCACAGGUCAAAGCCACCAUCAUCAGCGAACAACAAGCCAAGGCCCUGCUCAAAAACGAGAACACCAGGAACGAGAGCAGCGGGGAGAUCCUCAACAACAACUGUGUGAUGGAAUACCACCAGACCACGGGCACGCUCAGUGCUCACUUUAGGAACAUGUCACUGAAGAGGAUUAAACGCUCGGAUCGGAGAGGAGCGGAGUCGGUGACAGAAGAGAAAUUCACCAUUCUGUUCGAGUCGCAGUUUAGCAUCGGCGGCAACGAGCUGGUGUUUCAAGUGAAGACGCUGUCCCUUCCUGUGGUGGUGAUCGUUCACGGGAGCCAAGAUAAUAACGCCACAGCAACAGUGCUCUGGGACAAUGCGUUUGCUGAACCGGGCCGUGUGCCUUUCCUCGUGCCUGACAAAGUCCUGUGGCCGCAGCUUUGUGAAGCCAUCAACAUCAAGUACAAGUCUGAGGUCCAGUCCAACCGGGGCUUGUCUGAGGAGAACCUGGUGUUUUUAGCCCAGAAGGCGUUUAGCAGCUGCAGCAACAACCAAGAGGACUAUCGCAACAUGACCAUGACCUGGUCCCAGUUCAACAGGGAAAGUCUCCCGGGCAGAAACUUCACGUUUUGGCAGUGGUUUGAUGGAGUCAUGGAGCUGACGAAAAAGCAUCUGAAGCCACAUUGGAACGACGGAGCGAUUUUAGGUUUUGUGAACAAGCAGCAGGCUCAGGAUAUGCUCAUGUCCAAACCCAACGGCACUUUUCUACUGCGCUUCAGCGACUCGGAGAUCGGAGGAAUCACCAUCGCCUGGGUGGCAGAGAACCCCAACAAAGCAGGGGAGAGGAUGGUGUGGAACCUCAUGCCCUACACAACCAAAGACUUCACGAUCCGAUCUCUGGCCGACCGCAUCAGCGACCUCAACCACCUGCUGUUCCUCUUCCCCGACCGCUCCAAAGACGAGGUGUUCUCCAAGUACUACACCCCGCCCCUCUCAAAAGCAGUGGACGGAUACGUGAAACCACAAAUCAAGCAGGUGGUGCCAGACUUUGCCACCACCAACCCGGACAUGACCGGAAUGAACCAGACGUACAUGGACCACGGCGCGUCCCCAGCUCCCGUCAGUCACCCGCACACCUAUGGAAUCUACCCACCUAUGAGCGACUCGGGGCUGGACGCAGACGGAGAGUUCGACCUAGACGACACGAUGGACGUGGCGCGACACGUGGAGGAGCUGCUGCGGCGGCCGGUCGACAGCCAAUGGGGAGGGCAGCAGUCGUGA